AUGGUAGAACAUUUGAUUGUUUAUCUACUGGCCAGUAGUGAUCUGGAGAAAUCAACAGGACAGAAUGUUUGGCCAGAUUUUGGUACAACUUAUAUUUCUUCAAACAAUAAGCCUGGUACCAAAACUUUACUUGAGUAUGAAAUUCAUAAAACUUUGGAUAUUAAAGAAGAAAUCAUCCAAGUUAUAAAUCUACAAGCCAAGAGUGAGCCGUCGAAUUUAACUGGUAUAUUAUAUGAUGGACAAUAUUUCUGUACAACUAGUGGCAUUUCUCCUAGCAACAAUCCUAUCGCCGAGACUUUAAUUGAAUAUGACGAUGACGAAUUUUUGGAAUUCAAGGAAGAAAUCAUCCAAGACCUACGUGCCAAAAGAGCUUCGAAGAAAUUUACAGGAAGGCAGGAUGGUUGGCCAGAUUUUUGUACAACUACUCACACAUUUUUGAAUAAUAAGUCGGGUGCCAAUACUUUAUUUGAGUACGACAUUGAUGAAUCUUUGAAUAUCAAAGAAGAAAUCAUUCAAGAUCCAGAGACUACAGACAAAAUACGUAAUAAAAAAUAUGAAUCAAAAUCCUGUGUGAUAGAUAAAAAAAAAGAUGAUACUUUUGCUUUUGAAACCAAAGUACGGAGUCAAAAGAAGCAGAAAAUUCAAAAAUCAAAACAGGAACCACGAAGCAAUAAAUUUAAACGGAAAUGUCACAUGAGUCGGCACGUGGAUCUUUUAGAUCUUAAAACAAACUUACAAACAUCGAAAACGAGCUCUAAUUGUGACAAAUCGACUCAAAGUUACAUUUUUCCGAAUUCCUUAUGUCGACAUAAACGUGAAGAGCAUGCAGCAGUCAAACCACAAUUUAUUUGCGAUUAUUGCAAAUAUGAAACGAAUCGGAAACGAAUUUUGCAAACACACAUUACUUUACGACACUCGCAAAAUUGGAAAUCAAAGCACAAAUGCGAUAAAUGUUGGCGAAGUUAUCGUCGGUUAAGUGGUUUAAUACAACAUAAGUGUUCAAAACAUGCAGAAGUCAAACUACUAUAAUAACUACUUAUUACUACGCACAUGAAAAGUCCCUCAAGAAGUUCCUGAUAGUAAAAAUU